ACAACGUAAACAAACCGCAUAACCGACGGUCUUAUCUUCAUCGCAACACUUUCCGUAAAUCGUGUGUUGUACAUAAAUAAUAAAGUUGUACCUUCCGCCCCCCCCCCCCCCAAAGGUGACCACGCCAGCCACGGGUGUGACAGUAAUUAAUGAGCCGGGUGCGGGUGGAGAGGGGCGCGAGGUGAGAAAGGAGCACGCGACGGCAACGGGGAAAAACAUACAAUCGACAAAGAGCAUCAUCAUCAUGCAGGAAAAACAUACGUCCCCACCAUCCGGUGGCAGCAGUGCCGUCCCCAGUGGUACACCCGCCAAGAUAAAGACGGACAGCUGGCUGGAGGAAACAUCCACCGGACGCUCGUUGUCCACGCUAACGAGCGCAACCAGCUCCGGCCACGGGAAAAACGCGCGCAAGUUUUCCAACAUUCUAGAGAUGGAACGCUUCAGCAACAGCAACAUCGUGUCGAUGGACGACGCAAGCACAACGGUCGAUUACAACCCGAUCGACGACAUUCCCGUGCUACCGGAUGCGGACGAUAUACACGAAAGUUUGCUGUACAACGAAAGCCCCAAUCUACCAACCGUCACGACGUACAAGAACCUUAGCUCGGAUAUUUUCGCCAGCGGCAAAGCGUCCGCCCUCGGCAACCUGGACGAAAUCGACAUCUCCAUCCUGACCGAGUGUCUCGAAGGUGAGGAGGACAUCGACGAGCCGGACGAACCGUGGACCUGGGAUCAACUGUUUACGCAGCUUUCGGUUAAAAUAAGCACCGAAACGAAGGCACCGGUCGUAGAGUUUAGCAACUAAAUUCCGCCCUCUGUGUGUGUGAUUUUUUUUUUUUUUGUGAUUAAAUCAAUUAUUUACAUUACUAGCAGCA